CCUUCCUUCCCACGUGCCCCGGUGUCACCUGCAGCUCAUUAAAACCUCGCGCACUAAAACAAGCGGUUCAUAUUUGGUGCCGCACGUUGAUUGGUUAGUGACGCACUUCCGGAUGGUUUAGGGCUGGAAACAGUGAAAAGGUGAAUAAUGAGUGUGGAGGGAGUGUCCUCUUUACUGAUGAAAUCAUCGCCAGGCAGAUCACACACAAUUCCUCUGGAGCACCUGGACUACAGCUACAUCCAACACUGUCAAGAUUUGAAAUACCUGGAAAAGAUCCUGAAUGUGCUCAGGUCAGGUACAGAGGGGACAUAUCCACAGCUGACAGAUUUCUGUGAGAAGCGCAUUGAGACAUUAGAACCGAGACAUCGCGCUCUUAGGAAGGACACAUUUCCAGCUACCGCUGCAUCCUUUUCUACAGAUGAGUGGAAACACAUCACUGAUGACUUACAGACCUGGCAGAGGGAGAUCACAGAGAGAGAGCAGCAGCUCAUGCAGUCACCCACCUUCAACCUUGACACACUACCUCCUGUACGCAACUUCACCCUACAGAGACCACCAAACACCACAGCCACUGCGAGCAGUAAACGAUGUGCUGUUCCACGUGCAUAUAGUGACUGGGACAGGUUUGAUGUUGAUAAAGAGUGUGCUAAGAUAGAUGAGGACAUAAAUAGCAACGACGCCCCUGCUGUGAUAAAAUCCGCUCACACAAACAUCACACACCACAUCGACACCUCAGUUCUGACACAGCAGGAGAAAUGUGUGUUAGCCACUCGAGAGAAGGAGAAAGGAAAUGAGGCCUUUAGAGCGAGGGAUUGGGAUGAGGCUGUAGUCUACUACACCAGGAGUCUGGAUAUCUUGCCCACAGUAGCUGGAUUUAAUAACCGAGCUCAGGCUGAGAUUAAACUUCAGCGCUGGACUGAUGCAUUAAAAGACUGUGAUGCUGUGCUGAACAUUGAAAGACACAACUAUAAAGCUCUGCUGCGUCGUGCGACUGUAUCCAAACAUUUGGGAAAGCUACAGGAAGCACAUGAUGACAUCACAAGUGUUCUUCAUUCUGAACCUCACAAUGUCACAGCACAGAAACUCCUGCAGGAAGUGAAUGAGAAGAUAAAUACAGAGCUGCCACACAAAUCAUGCCCACCAAAGCAGCCAAGAAAUGGCAAGAAGCUUCUGAUUGAAGAAGUGGAUGAGGAAAAGGAUGAAGAGACAAAUGGAGAGACAGAUGCUGAAAGUGAACGAGUGGACAAAUACCCGGAAACAGAAGAACAGAUGGAUGGAGAGACAGCGAGACAGGCAGAAAUAAAGGUAGAUGGAGAGAUAGAGAGACAGACAGAGAGAUGGACAGAUGGAGUGAAACAGUGUGUGGACACCGCAGCAGUGAAGCUUGAGGGAAAUGAUCUGUACAGGAAAGGACAAUAUGGAGAGGCAGCUGAGAAAUACACACACAGCAUCACAACACUUACACGAUUAGGUGUGUACAGUAAGGAUGACAUGUUUGUUCUGUACUGUAACAGAGCUGCAUGCUUCCUGAAGAUGGGACAGUGUUCUGAGUGUGUGUCAGACUGCUGCCGAGCUCUACAUUUGAAGCCGUAUAGUGUGAAAGCUCUUUUGAGGCGAGCGAUGGCAUUUGAGGCACUGGAAAUGUUUCGACUGGCUUAUGUGGAUUACAGAACUGUACAACAAAUAAACAAUUCACACAUUGUACAACAGCAUGUCAACAGGCUUACUAAGGUGCUAAUGGAACUGGAUGGUCCAGAUUGGAGAACAAAACUCCCAGAGCUUCCAUUUGUCCCAAUGUCAAUUCGACAUGAUUGUACAGAGACUCUGCCCACAUCACAAACCACACCCAUCACACACCCUGUGCCCACUAUGAAAACUCCACCUAAUACAGGAACUCCACCUACCAUGAAGAUUUCACCCACCAGACAGUGUGCACCCACAGUAGAGGUACUGGUGCAUACAGAGACUCCUCCCACUGGUGGUCCAUCCCAAACACGCAGGUGUAUCAACAUAGCAGAGGUGGAGAGAGAUGUUACUGAUGAAGAUGGUGAUGAAGGCAUUGAUGAUAAAGAUGAAGAUGGUGCUGCUGCAGCUGCUGAUGAAAUAGACGUUAAUUAUGUCAAGACCUCCGGUUUAGCCAACAGAUGUGCUGUUCCACCUGCAAACAAUGACUGGGACAGGUUUGAUGUUGAUAAAGAGUGUGCUAAGAUAGAUGAGGACAUAAAUACGAACGACGCCCCUGCUGUGAUAAAAUCCGCUCACACAAACAUCACACACCACAUCGACACCUCAGCUCUGACACAGCAGGAGAAAUGUGUGUUAGCCACUCGAGAGAAGGAGAAAGGAAAUGAGGCCUUUAGAGCGAGGGAUUGGGAUGAGGCUGUAGUCUACUACACCAGGAGUCUGGAUAUCUUGCCCACAGUAGCUGGAUUUAAUAACCGAGCUCAUGCUGAGAUUAAACUUCAGCGCUGGACUGAUGCAUUAAAAGACUGUGAUGCUGUGCUGAACAUUGAAAGACACAACUAUAAAGCUCUGCUGCGUCGUGCAACUGCAUACAAACAUCUGGGAAAGUUACAGGAAGCACAUGAUGACAUCACAAGUGUUCUUCAUUCUGAACCUCACAACGUCACAGCACAGAAACUCCUGCAGGAAGUGAAUGAGAAGAUAAAUACAGAGCUGCCACACAAAUCAUGCCCACCAAAGCAGCCAAGAAAUGGCAAGAAGCUUCUGAUUGAAGAAGUGGGUGAGGAAAAGGAUGAAGAGACAAAUGGAGAGACAGAUGCUGAAAGUGAACGAGUGGACAAAUACCCGGAAACAGAAGAACAGAUGGAUGGAGAGACAACGAGACAGGCAGAAGUAAAGGUAGAUGGAGAGAUAGAGAGACAGACAGAGAGAUGGACAGAUGGAGUGAAACAGUGUGUGGACACCGCAGCAGUGAAGCUUGAGGGAAAUGAUCUGUACAGGAAAGGACAAUAUGGAGAGGCAGCUGAGAAAUACACACACAGCAUCACAACACUUACACGAUUAGGUGUGUACAGUAAGGAUGACAUGUUUGUUCUGUACUGUAACAGAGCUGCAUGCUUCCUGAAGAUGGGACAGUGUUCUGAGUGUGUGUCAGACUGCUGCCGAGCUCUACAUUUGAAGCCGUAUAGUGUGAAAGCUUUUUUGAGGCGAGCGAUGGCAUUUGAGGCACUGGAAAAUUUUCGACUGGCUUAUGUGGAUUACAGAACUGUACAACAAAUAAACAAUUCACACAUUGUACAACAGCAUGUCAACAGGCUUACUAAGGUGCUAAUGGAACUGGAUGGUCCAGAUUGGAGAACAAAACUCCCAGAGCUUCCAUUUGUCCCAAUGUCAAUUCAACAUGAUUGUACAGAGACUCUGCCCACAUCACAAACCACACCCAUCACACACCCUGUGCCCACUAUGAAAACUCCACCUAAUACAGGAACUCCACCUACCAUGAAGAUUUCACCCACCAGACAGUGUCCACCCACAGUAGAGGUACUGGUGCAUACAGAGACUCCUCCCACUGGUGGUCCAUCCCAAAUACGCAGGUGUAUCAAAAUAGCGGAGGUGGAGAGUGAUGUUACUGAUGAAGAUGAAGAUGGUGAUAAAGGCAUUGCGGAUAAAGAUAAAGGUGGUGCUGCUGCCGCUACUGAUGAAAUAGAUGUUAAUUAUAUCAAGACCUCCUGUUUAGCCAGUGUCUUGGAGUUUAGGCAGGCCUUAAAAGUGGCCCGUUGCCGUGGUGACCUGGUGGCCUGCGCCCAGCUUCUGAGGAGCGUGUCACCUCAAACUCUCCCUCAAUACAUCAGCUUGCAUCUGGACACAGACACACUUAGCUUCAUCAUACACACACUACACAAACACAUCCUGACCACUGAGCCAGGCCUGGUUUAUCGUCUUCUCACACACCUGCACACCAUCGACAGAUUCACAGUGGUUCUGAUGCUGAUGGACUCCGAUGAGAAGAGACAGAUCACACAGUUGUUUGAGUGUUUGCGUGCCGUGGAGUCGGAUGAGCUCACACAUGAGAACAUUAACAGCCUGGCUAAGAAGUUCAUAUAACAUAUAUAGGUGGGAUGUGGUAGCUCAGUGGUUAAGUUGUUGGACUCCUGAUUGGAAGGUCAUGAGUUUGAAUCCCAGGUUCUUCAAUCUGCCAUCACUGGGUCCCUGAGCAAGGCUCGUAGCCCUUGAGGACACUUUAAAAAUACUACCCUUUCAUGAUGUUUGUGGACAAAAACUUCAGAAGUAUAAAUAUAUAAGAUUAAUAUUUUUUCACAUUUUUUUUAUGCACAUUGAUGUCAAAAUGUGCAUAAAAAUACACACAAAAUGACAUUUUUAAUAUAAAAUAAAGUGAACUGGAUUUUUUUUAUCUUUUAUUACAGUCUUGGGUAUGUCAAAGAUGACUAAUAACAUUGGAUUUUAUGCACUGUUAGUUUUUGUGCAGCAUUCGAUUUUGUUUAUUUCUCCUUCAUUUACAUCUGCUGCAUAUGGAAGCUUGUUUUUGCCUUGUUUUAAAAAAUAAAAAGAUAUAUG